AGAAAUCUGUACAGGCAGCUGUUAGGACAGCUCUCGAUAAGGGUCUUUUGACUGGAGGUGACAUUCAGGAGACAACUACAGCUUGUCCGUGGAAUAAAAAUGGCACAGGCAGUGCAAAAGCUGGUCUCUAAAGUACCAACUUUGGUUGGCGCCGCUGUCGCCUACUCUAAACCUCGGCUAGCAACAUUCUGGCACUACGCCCGCGUUGAACUUGUCCCACCAAGUCCAGCCGAGAUCCCCAAGGCCAUUGAAGGGGCAAGCAACAUCAUCAAGGGUUUCCAAACUGGGCGUCUCGGUCAAACUACAGUAAGGGAUGCUUUUAGGAAUGGGCUGGUGGCUACGGAAGUACUGAUGUGGUUCUACAUUGGAGAGUGCAUUGGAAAAGGAGGACUCAUUGGCUAUAAUGUCUAAACUUUUGGACUUGUUAUUUUUGUUUUCCUCUUUGAGCAUUGUAUGUUCUACUUCCUGCAGAAUUUCUGGGAACAAUAAAAA